GCUCAGUGGUUUCAUGGCAAAUGCUGGUGACCUUUGCUCAGGUAUCCCAAGGGGUGAUUAAUAAUGGAUACUCUAGCCAGAGGAUCAUUUCUGAAUUUUAAGAGUGGUAUUUCCAGAUUCGAGGAGAUUUUACAUCAUGUCCUAAAGGUUGAAAGAGCAGGGCUUGCCUGUCAGUAUAUGAAAAGCAAGAAAUGUUCAGAAAGGCUCAUUAUGUAUUAAUGGACCUUGUGCUGCACUCCCUCAUUAUGUGAAAUUGAUCACCUGGGAAAUAUUAGCAGCUCUAGCCAAUCACAGCUGACCUAAGGAGAAUGGAGGAAGAAGAUGAAUCAAAGAGAAUGACAGGUCACUCCCGGAAGCAAGGCUGCUACAGCUAAUUUAUGUAUCGGAGAUGUAAUCACAGCCAUCGAUGGGGAAAAUACUAGCAAUAUGACACACUUGGAAGCUCAGAACAAAAUCAAAGGCUGCACAGACAAUAUGACCCUCACGGUAGCCAGAUCUGAACAUAAGAUCUGGUCUCCUCUGGUGACGGAGGAAGGGAAACGUCAUCCCUACAAGAUGAAUUUGGCCUCUGAGCCCCAGGAGGUCCUGCACAUAGGAAGCGCCCACAAUCGGAGUGCCAUGCCCUUCACUGCCUCACCUGCCUCCAGCACUGCCCCCAGGGUCAUCACGAACCAGUACAACAACCCAGCCGGCCUCUACUCUUCUGAAAACAUCUCCAACUUCAACAACGCCUUGGAGUCAAAGACCGCAGCCAGUGGGGAGGAGGCGAAUGGCAGACCCUUAGACCAUUCUCAGCCUCCAAGCGGCCUCGUCAUCGACAAGGAAUCUGAAGUUUACAAGAUGCUCCAGGAGAAACAGGAGUUAAAUGAGCCCCCGAAACAGUCCACGUCAUUUCUGGUUCUGCAGGAAAUCCUGGAGUCUGAGGAAAAAGGAGAUCCCAACAAGCCCUCAGGAUUCAGAAGUGUUAAAGCUCCUGUCACCAAAGUGGCUGCAUCGAUUGGAAAUGCUCAGAAGUUGCCCAUGUGUGACAAAUGUGGCACUGGGAUUGUUGGCGUGUUUGUGAAGCUGCGGGACCGUCACCGCCACCCUGAGUGUUAUGUGUGCACCGACUGUGGCACCAACCUGAAGCAGAAGGGCCAUUUCUUUGUGGAGGAUCAAAUCUACUGUGAAAAGCACGCCCGGGAGCGAGUCACACCACCUGAGGGCUACGAUGUGAUCACUGUGUUCCCCAAGUGAGCCAGCAGAUGUGCAGCGACCGCUGUUCCCCAGCCAGCCUCUGCUGCAGCUUGUUCUCUGAAGGUUGCGGCCUUGUCUCUUGAAAGUUCUGUGCUUGCCCUGGUUUUACCCCUGCUCAUUAAACAUCGGGUCCCUGCCCUGGUUAACUGACUGCUCUGGCUGUGUGAUGCUGCCUCUACAGUUAAUGGGAAGCUGUUCUGUUCAGUGUCCCCUUGCCAGCGUCACAGUGUGUCUUCCUCCCCUCAGUUCUCUGCUGCAGAUGGACUUCAGCCAAAUUUGAACCAAAUCAAAUUUAAUGUCUGACACUGAUUUUGAUUUCACUCAAUAAAUUUACAGACUCCUAA